CCGCAGACCUGGUGGUCUUCAGGUGGAACUGCUCAGUUUUAGGAAUGGUUUAUUUCAUAAACAGCAGAUGCGAAAACAAAACCACACGUCGGAAUUUAAUUUAAAAUACAUUUUUAUACUGAAUUUAUACAGAAAAAUAUUCUGGCAGAAGAAUAAAGUGAGAUGUUUGGGCACAGACAGGUUCCGGGCGCGUGCGGUUCUGGCUCUCUGAGUGUGUAAGGUGAGAUGAUGAGCAGGUGUGUGUUCGGGACAGCUGACCGGAAGGAGGUGAUGAUGGAGAGAUCUGUACAGUGGGAGAAGUCAGAGCUAGCGCGUGCCCAGAACCUGACAGCCAUGAACGGCAAGCAGCAGCACUUCUCCGCGCACGUGCCGGUGCAUGAGCCCAAGUACCCCGACAUGCACGCGAGCUCAGAGUCCAUGCGGCGGGUGUGUGUUUCUGCCCCGCAGGUGAACAUAUUCGGCGCGUUUGAUGAGAGUCUGCUGGCGCGCGCAGAAGCUCUGGCAGCCGCCGAUCUCGCCAAGCCUCACGCGACUCCAUACCACGCUAUGAACGGGGGCGCGUGCUCCACAUCCGCUUCCUCUUCGUCCAUAUCAUCCACUUCUUCCCAUCAACAUCAUCAUCAUCAUCAUCUUCAUCACCAUUUGAGCCAGACGCUGGAGGGCGAGCUCCUGGAGCACUUGUCAUCCGCGCUGGCCGUCGGAGGUUUGGCACCGGAUCCAUCAGCUUUGGCGCACCAGCAUCAAUUUCCAGCCGUCGCAUGCCACCUGCACCAGGCCACAGGACACGCGAGUCUCGCGCACGGUCACCAUCAUCAUUCUUUGCUUCCUGCCGGUGACGGAGAGUCGAACCCGCGCGAGCUCGAGGCGUUUGCAGAGCGCUUCAAACAGCGGCGCGUUAAACUCGGAGUGACGCAGGCAGACGUGGGCUCGGCGCUCGCGAACCUCAACAUUCCGGGAGUGGGUUCCCUGAGCCAGAGCACAAUCUGCAGGUUCGAGUCUCUCACACUCUCACACAACAACAUGGUCGCGCUGCGGCCGGUGUUACAGACGUGGCUGGACGAGGCGGAGGCGGCACACCGCGACACGAGCACGCGCACUGACCUGCUGCUGACCGGGAACGGAGAGCGCAAGCGAAAGCGCACAUCCAUCGCAGCGCCGGAGAAGCGCUCACUCGAGGCCUAUUUCGCCAUCCAGCCCCGGCCUUCUUCUGAGAAAAUCGCGGCCAUCGCGGAGAAGCUGGACCUGAAGAAGAACGUGGUCCGAGUUUGGUUCUGCAACCAGAGACAGAAGCAGAAGAGGAUGAAAUAUUCCGCGGCGCAUUGAUUCAACACUCACCUACUGGAACUAUGAAACACUAAAACGCAGGUGAGGAGGAUCUACAAGUUCUUCUGAUAAGGAACUAAAUCAGUGGAAGAGUAUUUUCUCCUUCUUUAAUUGUAUUUUGCACAGUAAAGUUACAGACACUUCCUGCAGAUGAAUAUGUAUUCAGUAUUAUCGCACAUUGUUCCUGAAGUGUGUCAUUAUUUACUGUUAUUGCAACAUCACAUGAGCCACCAAAGAAACCAGCAGAAACAUUGCUGUAAUAAUUAUUAAAUGUUGAUUAGUUCUUCAGUUUUCAGAUGGAAGUUACUUUGAACGGAUUCUGAAAUCAAUUCUACAAAUCCGGCGACAGAAAAACAGGAACAAAUCUGCUGCUAUUCUACUGUUAUGAUCAAAAUCACUUUCACUGACUCGAGAAACGGCCUGACAUUUCACAUGAAAUGUGACCGAAUAUUUAAUAAAGUAUUUUUUUAA